AUGACCAAACGGACGAAAAGGUCAGUGGUCAAGGAUGCGCCAGUCAAUGGCAUGCUUGUCGAGAUCCACACAAAAAAAGGAACCACGCACCGACUAGCGCCUCUCCCACCCAAACCUUCAAAUGGAACCCCAACCCCUGCAGGGAAACGUCGUCGAGUUGAAGAACACCUACAUCGCGAAGAGCAACGCUGGAGUUCAGACCAAUAUAUUCCACCUAAUCCCUUUGCAUCCUCCGACGAAGAGCCUGUAGUUGACAAUAGCAACUAUGAUUAUAUGCUGCAGUGGGAACCGCGAAUAAACAUCUACCUUCGCCACCUUUAUCAAUCCAAGACUCGGGAGGCCGACAUAUGCUGCGAAGUUUGCGGGGAAGACGAUCCGCUUUGGAGAUGCACGUCAUGCUUUGGGAGUCCCAACCUCUGCUCGGGUUGUUGUAUGGCAAUCCACGCAACACGGCACCCCUUCCACCGUGUAGAGAUGUGGACCGGUGAAUUUUAUGAGCCAUCCUGGCUCUGGAAAUUGGGUGUCUCUAUAUUCUUGGGUCACCGCGGAAGGCCUUGUCCUCUACUCCCUCACGUGCCCCCAAUCAUACAUCCCAACGAGCAAUACCUCGCUUCGGCGAAAUCGGAUUGGAACAACUAUAACGACUUCACUUUUGGAUCAAGUCCACAGCACGGGAAGGAUGGCUACGGGCAGGAGACUGUUGUGGUUCACGUCAACGGCGUUCACCGCUUAGUUAUACAGCCCUGUGUAUGCCCGGGAGGGCCGCCGUUGGACGAACAGUGCUUGAUGGCGGGGCUAUACCCGACCACAUUCAAGUCCGUCGAAACAGUUUUCACGUUCGAAGUCUUGCAUGACUACAGCCUUGCUGUCCUCGAAUGCUGUACCUCAGCGGGCGAAUACUUUAGCAAGCUCAGAAGGCUCACAAACCCUGAUUUCCCUGACUCUGUCCCGAAUCGGCACCGAGAACUCUUGCGAGCGGCAAGGCAAUUUCGCCACCUUCAAGAGCUGAUGCGUUUUGGCUUUGCGACCAGAGAGGCGGCAUGCAAGCCAGGGAGCAUGGCCAUUUUCUGCGCGGCAUGUCCCCAACCUGAUGUUAACCUUGAGAAGAACUGGGAGAAGGACAAACAGCACAUGUCUAUCGUGGCCGACGGCAAUUUUGUUUGCGUCAGGCAGAGUAAGAAAGGAGCGGGACACGAUUUGUUCUUGAAACAGGGCCAAGGAUAUUUCGUGGAGUCUAAAGCUUACAAGCACCACCUGGCCUCUGCAACUGAAAUCACGGAGCCAUCGACCUGCAAUGAACAUAGAGCAGUGGCUGACAAGAACAAAGCCCACAAGGGCUAUGAUGCCACGGGCAUCGGUGCUCUGGCCUGUGCCCGUCAUGGUGCCUUUCUACCUUCUUCCCUAGUCGAUUUUCAGAAGGGGGAAAGGCAGAUUAACAUGGACUACGCCUUAUGCAAGGGAUUGAAGGCCGUGGCUUCUUCAAAGGUAAAGCGGAUUAUCUUCAUUUAUGAUAUCUGCUGUCAAUAUUGGAAAAACCUGGCGACACGUACACAAGGGUACGCCGACCUCGAGCUCCCAUGGUACAACAGCAUGGUUUUCUCUAUCGGGCAGUUUCACGUUCACGGACAUCAAGAAAAAUGCCUCCCGCGGUUCUCUCCUCUCUACAUCGAAGGGAUUGGGUGGAAUCAUGGGGAGAUACUGGAGCCGAAUUGGUCCGUUCUCAACCCUACGGGGACCAUGACAAAUAAAAGCCUUCCUAAAUUACUCAAGAACGCGUUGGAGAAUUUGGCGGAAUUAAACGAGGCGGUCGAAAUGUUGAAAUCGUCCGCAUCAGAAUCAUUGCGGGCGGAAUGGGAUGCUCAGUUGGCCGAAGCUCAAACGAAGCGAGAGAGCCACAAGCCAGACGCAAUGGACAUCCUGUUGUCAUCAAUCGACAAAGCUCCGUCGCGGAAAGCGGUGGAAGCGACGUUAAUCGCCGCCGAACUCAAAAAGACUCAGCACGUCGGAGUGACGUCUUGGAUUCACGAUGGAAUUCUAUUACAAGAAUUGCAACUGGACGUCCUCGCGGCGGCGAAGGACUUCGGUGCUGUAGCAACAGAUGACCGUAAGCUGGAACUGGAAAGAAAACGCGCGGCGCUGAAGGCGAAGCACGAUCAACAUUUGGAGACGGCGUUACUUCUGUUCCCAAUGCUCUCCCCGUCACAAAAUGAUCCCGACCCCAGGUCUCGAUUCUUUCCCGCCCCGAUUCGUGAACCAUGUGAAUGCGAAGACACCGAAUGCGGACACUUGGGGAUGGACGUCAACCCGUUCGAAGAGGUCGCCAAAGGUCCACUCGAAACGCUUGCAGUGUUAAUGCCAUCGUCCGAACCAGCGCGGACAGGCUUUUUCCCUCAGGCCGCCAAGGAUGCCGAACUUCAGUUACGGAAAGCACAAGCAGACGAGGCUCUCGCCAACCUGAGGACUCAAGUGGGCUACAAGUCCUUCUUAUUCAAAGCCAAUGUUCAGCUAGCGCAGAACAAAGCGCAGAAAACAAGGGGUUAUGCUGCUGUCGCAUCGGCCGAGAAGGCAAUUAGAAAACACACGAGGGUUUACAACCAAGCUCAAUGGGCGAUAUGGCAACUUACUUCCGACCCGGCCGUUCGCGCUAUGUAUCGGAAGCUGCAGAAGGGAGAUGCGAAGCCAUUGCAAUCAGUUUACCAACCGAAUGCACCCGGCCAAAGUAAACAGAAUGUCAGUUGGAUCUGGGGUUGGAAGCAUAGCGGAGAGAGCACUAAACCGGAAUUCUUAACGGAAAUAUGUCGACUGAACUGGCUGAGAACAAUGUCGCGGUGGCGGAGGUGGCAAGAAGAAGUGGAUUUGGUCAGGGCGGAAAUGGGUUGGACAAUUAGGUACAUGAAAAACAAAGCGGACGAGUGGGAGAGAUCAAGUCUGUGCUACAACGACGGUGGGAUGCGGGCCGCGGCGAAAUACCAGGCGGCCACCUGGCGGAAAUUGGCUUCCCAGGCGGCCGCCGCUUUUGACCCGCUCCUUUAA